AUGUCAAAUCCUUUCCCCAAAACAGAGGACAAACUCAAGGGAGUUCAGAUCCUUGCUUCGAUUCCCGACAGAUCCAAACACAUUUUCAACCCUGAAGCCGUGGCUUUUGUAGCUACUCUUCAUCGUGCUUUUAAUGGUGAAAGAAAGAGAUUGUUAGCCAAUCGUAAGCAACAACAACAGUUGAGAGACCAGGGAGUGUUGCCAGACUUUCUUCCAGAAACCAAGCAUAUCAGAGAAGAUCCAACAUGGACUGGACCACCAUUGGCACCUGGAUUACGUGACAGAAGAGUGGAAAUUACCGGUCCUACUGAUAGGAAAAUGGUGAUCAAUGCUUUGAAUUCCGGCGUGGCCACUUACAUGGCUGAUUUCGAAGACUCGUUAACUCCAGCUUGGGACAAUUUGGUGGAUGGACAAACCAACUUGUAUGAUGCGGUCAGAAGAGACCUUAAAUUUGAGUCUGGAGGAAAGAAGUAUGAGUUGAAACUUGAGAACGGUAAACAUAUUCCCACGUUGAUUGUGAGACCUCGUGGCUGGCACCUUGAGGAAAAGCAUUUCUUGGUGGAUGGAGAACCUGUUAGUGGAGGUAUUUUUGACUUUGCCUUGUACUUUUUCAAUAGUGCUAAGGAAGCCAUUGCUCAAGGCUUUGGUCCAUACUUCUACUUGCCCAAGAUGGAGCACCAUUUGGAGGCCAAGUUGUGGAACGACAUCUUCAACUACUCGCAAGAUUACAUUGGUAUCAACCGUGGUACCAUCCGUGGUUCGGUUUUGAUUGAAACCUUACCCGCUGCGUUCCAAAUGGACGAAAUUAUUUAUCAAUUGAGACAACACAUUGGUGGGUUGAACUGUGGAAGAUGGGACUAUAUCUUUUCCUACAUCAAAUCGUUGAGAAACCACCCAGAAUUCAUUUUGCCAGACAGAUCGCAGGUGACGAUGUCGGCACCUUUCAUGUCGUCUUAUGUUAAGCUUUUGGUGAACACAUGUCACAAGAGACAAGUUCACGCUUUGGGAGGCAUGGCAGCUCAAAUUCCUAUUAAGAAUGACGAGCAAAGAAACAAGGCUGCUUUGGAAAAUGUUGCCAAGGACAAGUUGCGUGAGGUUAUGGCUGGAUGCGAUUCGUGUUGGGUUGCCCACCCAGCUUUAGUUCCUGUGGUUCUUAAGGUGUUCAACGAGCAUAUGAAGGGUCCUAACCAGAUCAAUGUGCCUCCAAGAACUCCAUACAAGCCAGUUACUGCCAGAGACUUGUUGAGUCCUUAUGUUCCUGGUGCCAAGAUCACCGAGCAAGGUAUCAGAGCCAACUGUAUCAUUGGAUUGUCUUACAUCGAGGCAUGGUUACGCAAUGUUGGUUGUGUUCCUAUCAACUAUUUGAUGGAGGAUGCUGCUACUGCUGAAGUGUCGAGAACGCAAAUCUGGCAAUGGGUUACUCAUGGUGCCAAGACGGACAAGGGUGAGCUUAUUACCAAGGAAUAUGUUGCCAAGUUGUUGCAAGAGGAGUACUCCAAGUUGGAGAAGGCUGCCCCAUCUGGUAACAAGUUUAAGAGAGCAUUGGAAUACUUUAAGCCCGAAGCAUCGGCAGAGAAGUAUUCUGAUUUCGUCACCACGUUGAUCUACGAUGAUGUCACCACCAUUGGUAGACCCACCUCUGCGGAGAAGUUGUAG